AACAAGAUGGCGUCUGGCGGAGAAUACGUUGUUUUGGUUAUUAUGGUUUCUAGGUCUUAAUUACAACGUACAUGUGCACAUGUGUGUCGUUUAACAGAGUAAACGUCGUUAUUAAUUGUUUGUAUGCGGAUACAUUAGUCUGAGUGCACUUUGACGUGCUAGCCUAGCCUGCUGGUUAGCUUAGCUUGUUAGCUGCUAACAAAGAGAGGCGGAAGUGAUCGACACAUCAAAGCAGAGAUCCAAUACGUCUGUGAAAAAUAUCGCCCACCUGAGCAGCAGGAGGGGUCCUCCAGUAUGGAGCAGAAGAAGUCACAGUACCUCCACGUGAAAGAAGAGGAGCCACAGCCCCCCUACUUUAAAGUGGAGGAAAAACAGCGGCUGUCCCCCCACUUCAUAGAGGAAGAGAAGAGACACCUCGUCAGUGUGAAGAGUGAAGAUGAUGAGGUCAAAGGUGAGGGUGUGGAGAAGAGAGAGGCGGAGCCUCCAAGCAGCAGUUUAGCAGAAGCUGAUGGAGACCACUGUGGAGGAUCACAAGCAGACAAGCUCUUAGCUCCACUAUCAGAUAGUGAGGACACAACGUCACACUCUCCUGACACUGAUGAUGAAGACUCUAAAGAUGAUAAGACAUGUCACACUGACAACACUCACUUCACAUCUUCUCACUCUCACAAAACUUUUAAAGACCAUUGUCGUCUGAAAAGACACAUGAGAACACACACUGGAGAAAAACCCUUUUCUUGUUCACUCUGUGGUAAAGGUUUUGGACAUAGUCACGAUUUGAAAAGACACAUGAGAACACACACUGGAGAAAAAACUUUUUCUUGUUCAACCUGUGGUAAAGGUUUUGGACUUAGUCACGAUUUGAAAAGACACAUGAGAACACACACUGGAGAAAAACCCUUUUCUUGUUCACUCUGUGGUAAAGGUUUUGGACUUAGUCACGAUUUGAAAAGACACAUGAGAACACACACUGGAGAAAAACCUUUUUCUUGUUCAACCUGUGGUAAAGGUUUUACAGAAAGUAAUAAUUUGAAAAGACACAUGAGAACACACACUGGAGAAAAACCUUUUUCCUGUUCGACCUGUGGUAAAGGUUUUACAAAUAGUACAGAUGUGAAAACACACAUGAGAACACACACUAGCGAAAAACCUUUUUCUUGUUCAACCUGUGGUAAAGGUUUUACACAAAGUCAACAUUUGAAAGUACACAUGAGAACACACACUGGUGAAAAGCCUUUUCCCUGUUCAAUCUGUGGUAAAGGUUUUACACAAAGUCAACAUUUGAAAGUACACAUGAGAACACACACUGGUGAAAAGCCUUUUUCCUGUUCAAUCUGUGGUAAAGGUUUUACAACAUGUACAUAUGUGAAAGUACACAUGAGAACACACACUGGUGAAAAAUCACAUUCCUGUUCAAUCUGCAACAGAAGCUUUGGUGACCGAUCAAAGCUUGUAGCACACAUGAGAAGACACCCAGGAGAGAAAGUGUUGAGUUGCAGUGUGUGUGGUGAAAGAUUGUCUUCUAAGUACCAGUGUAAGAAACACAAGUGUGCUGGUGAGAACAGCAGCAGCAAAUGAAACUGCAGGAUUUGAAAUAAACUGUCCAGACUUUCA